CGCCCAUCCUGCGUCCUGCCUGCUCCCUGUCCUACCGUCGUCGCCCCCGUUUCCGCCGUGUCUGCAUCGUUGCCAACACGCUUUGUGUUACGCUUCCCUGCCGACCCUCCGCGCGCUUUCUCGCAGCUGCCCGAGUCUCGUCUCCGUGGCAGUGGUGGGUGCACCCGUCCAGUUAAGAACCCUCGGUUUCGGGGAUCUGUCCUGCUCUGUGUCUCAGUUGGGAAGCUCUAUAUGGAAAAUAGGGGGGAAACUCGGGAAAAGUCGUCCUUGGGUUGAAGAUAUCUUUACGAUCUCAUACUUCGCAUCUAUUAUUCCCUCCCACCCAUUACCCUGGAAAUUUCUUCUGCCUUGUCUAUCGACCUCUGCCUUUUCUUUUGUUUUCUCGAAUGGUUGGGCACCGGUGGUGUUCCCCUCCCCAAAUCGUGGAAAGAUAGCAGACGACAAGUGCGUGGUAUCUUUGGUGUUGCUUUGCGUUCUGGAGACAACGUGGAUUGAACCACCUGCGAGGGCACUGACCCUCUCUGGGGAGGUCAUCCCAACUAUACGAGUCGGUCGUGAUGGAUGCAGACCACGAUGUCAGGUGUUAUGAUGCACCCGGCUGCUCGACUGCUCCACCACGAUCCGACUUCUCCAUCCCCGGCGUGGGAACAGCUCGAUCUGACGAGGUACGAUGCUAUGACGCUCCGCGAAGACAUCGAUACCGAUCCGGCAUGAUUAACCGCAGCAUGUCUCUCCUAACAUCGCUGUUACUUGUCGUUGUGUCCGCCGUGUGUCCAGCCCACGCGGCUCGCGUGAACUUCGAUAACUGUCUUGGGAAGAGCAUUCGCGCCUCGGAUCCAUUGCCACUACAAUUUGUUCCGCUCGAUGUGACCGUUACUUUCGACACGAAAGACACCCUCCAUCCUCUGAAUGUGACCGUGUAUGGAAAUGUCUCUGGAACUGCCGAUCAGUCCUCUACUUACCCGCCGCCAAACGACCCGAGUUGGAACGAUCCGAACAAUACGGUGGGAAAGAUUAUUGAUCUGAGCGUUUCCAACAACAAGUACACCACUCUUAUGAUCGACGUUCAGAUGCUGAGUUUCACCCCUUACAGCUCUCCGGAGAGAUUUUGUGAUUUUGUCACUCAAACUCAGUGUCCACUUGGACCUCUCUUCUAUGUUAACGCUUCCGACUUGACGAAACUCCAUGCCUUCUCCUUUGAACAUAGCAUGCUUUCCACUUAUGCUUUCUCUACUUUGUCUUCCACGCUCGUCAUCAGAUCAGGCGAUGCCUCGGAUGCCGAACUCGGUUGUAUAACGGUUCACAUUACCCCGGACUUGGGUCAAUCCAUCAAGAAUACGAUGAGAUACGUCCCCCUUGCAAUACUUGUGCUGGCGGGGCUCGCUACGGCGGCAGCCGCCACAUAUAGUCCAUGGGGAUCCACCAACCCCUUCCAUUGGACUGCCAACUAUGGCCGGGAUGAAGACCUUCUCCGUCUUAUCACCCCCGGCUUCGCGGACUGCUUACAUUACAUCCAGUUUGUAGUGUUAACGGGCGGGUUGUCAUUGCAGUAUCCUGGCUACUAUCAACCUGUGGUGAGUGAAGCGGCCUGGUCUGCCCUCAUGUUCAAUCAAAGUUUCGUAAGUGGGGAUAGUCGAGAUCCAAUUGUCGACGGUAUCUAUGUUACAAAUAGCACAUUUGGCUUUGAUCGCCUGAGCCAGUUAGUUGGCAUGGGGUCAAACAAAGAUGUCUGGCCGGGCAUGAUUGUUUGGGCGCUGGUCAUCAUUGCUGCAAUCUCUGCUGUCACGGAGCUUGCGUUUGGCCUCAAAUGGGUCCAUCGCGAGGUUGCGCACAUCGCAAAGGAGGAUCGACGUCACAAAAACUUUCCGUUCACCUUUGGCAAUGUCGUUCGGAUUGUAUUCAACUAUUUGCUUCUUCCCAUUACCUCUAUUUCAUUCUUCCAAUUGGCUAUUGCCGGUCACUCGCCGGCUUACUCUGUUGCUCUGGCCUGCGUCGUCAUCUUCUUCAUAGUGGCAUUCUCUUUGUGGGCGAUCCGUCUGAUCGUAACGACUCGCCCAAAGUCCCAUCUCUUCGACGAUCUUCCCACAGUACUUCUCUACGGGCCACUCUACAAUACAUUCUGCGAUGAUGCGACUGCUUUUGCUGCGGUGCCCAUUGCCGUUGAUAUACUUCGCGGCAUCGCCAUCGGUGCAGUCCAGGCAUCAGGAAUCGCGCAGAUCAUUUUGCUUGUUAUCUGUGAACUGAUCUUUUUACUGUCGCUUGUGUCUUUCAGACCAUUCGCAUCGCCAACGUCCAUGAACAUAUAUCACGCCUGUCUUUCGAUCAUCCGGCUUUUGACGGUCCUUCUUAGCGUGACCUUUAUCCCCUCCUUAUCGGUCUCCGAGGGCACUCGCGGCUGGGUAGGGUAUGUCAUUCUCGUUCUUCAUGCUGUGGUCCUCAUUUUCGGCUUCUUCUUGAACGCUCUUCAGACCUUGAUAGAGGUCAUCGCUCGGCUUGCGGGUGUAGGCGGCUUCGACGGCGGAGCCACAAGAGGUGGUCUGGUGAAGGUUCUCGGUAUGCGACAGCUCGCACGACGAGGGACAAGAGGUCGUGGUGGACGUCAGAGCAUGGCCUCUGAUGCUGCUAUGCUCGCACAUACCGACGAUCGAAUGUCGUCCCAGUUCGAAGUGGGCCGAGGUAGGAGCCUUUCGGGCAGCUCGGCCAUGCUUCUCCAGCGUCGAACUGCAAGUGACGGUCGGCUUAGCAUGGGAUUGGAGUCAGCCGUUGGCACUCAUAGCAGAGCAGGCAGUAGUGGGCUGUACACGCCGACAACAUUGGGCGGAAGUGCAGCUGGGAUAGUCGCUGGCAACAAGGGGGUAGGAGGCGAUUCCCCCCGGAACAGCGCGAUGGCGCUACAACAGCAGGAUCCUUAUUAUCGGCCUCCGCGCCCCAGGAGAAGGACAUUAGAGGCAUCUGGCGCCCUUGAUUCCCAGGGGAAAUCAUCGGGAACACGUCAAGGUGCAGAUGUUGCGGAUGAUGAGGAAGGUGAUAUUGUUGAUGCUCCACUGAUUACGGGUGGUUCCACCCCUUCCCCGGCUUAUACGCCCGCUCCUAAGGAUGAUCUCGAUAACGAUGAUCCUCAGCAUUCUCCAAAGGACUACGCUGUUCGGGAAGUGGACUUUUACUAUGGGGUCCGUGGUCCUCCACUUUCUCACGCUGGCACUCGCAAGUUGAAGACAGGACCGGCCGAUCCUACUGGGCCAGUGUCUUCAGCAACCGGCUGGUUUCGCAGCGUUUUCCGGGGCAAGACAAAGGACAAGGGUAAAGGAUUUGAGGUCGUUCGAAGCACGAGGGCGCCUCCACCAGGUCUCAUUGUGGAAGAUGAGGCAUUCAAUGAGCCAUACCGAGAUGAUCCGUCUGCUCCGGGUAGCCGGACUCAUUCACGCCAUGUCUCGGAAGCCUCGGUAGGGCCGUACCAUGAUUCGGAUGGUGAAGACAACACCGCAGCCCAUGAAUCUCGGAAACCCAGCCUUCCUCCCAUCGACGUUGGGGGCGGCAUUGAACUUCCCAGCCGGAUGGGAUCCAACGCCAGCUCAAAUAUACCUUCAAUUUUGCUGGAGCCACCUGCUGUUCCGAGGAGGAGUUCCAAACGCCAGUCCGUUGGGGGUUCCCCUAACCGCAACAUGAGUAGUCCAACUCCUUCAGGAAAUGCGGAGGCCAAUGUCGAACAUCAACUGGUCGAGGGCAGCGAACAUGCCGACAUCUCCGAUCGGCUUCGCCCUUCUGCUUCAGGAACUGGCCGACUCCCAUUUUCUAGCAGCCCCGCCUCUGGUGACCGGAACCUCUCUUUAGCUUCCACCAGAUCGACAUCAUCAAGCCACCAAGUCCACGACGGCCAGCACGUUGACCCGCCGUCGGGAAUGGGAUAUGUCGCCCACCAUCGGGCUGCGGAAAAUAUACACGAGGUAACAUCAGACGAGCCUUCCUUCACUGGAAGUGCGGCUGAGCUGGUGGACGUGCCUCUUCACCCGACUAAUCACACAGAGUAGUUGAGCGUGGUAUUGCAUUUUGCAUUGUCAUUAUACUCAGCAAUCUAUCAGAGCACAUAUUCUUCCGUCUAGUACUAUAUGUUUUUUGAUUUGUUAGCGUGUUCUGUCUGCUUUUCUACCAGCGUUGCAUCUUUUGCAUUUCGACACGUCAGGGUUACGAAUUUCCUUGUCUCUUUUUUUUAACCCGGAAACCUCCACUGCGACCUGGAGAAUUUUAGUCAUUUCUCCCUCUCUGAAAGUCGGUCCGUCAGCUCUGAUGCUGACUGUUGUCAAUUCCUCCUACGCUACCUUUCUUUUCUCCUUCGUCCACGCCCUUGGCUUUAUUUUUGGCAUCGCAUUGCAUUGCAGACUCUCUUCAUCUUCUAUUGUCCUUCUGGUUGACACCUGACCUUUCACUUCUUGCUUCUCCUGUGUAUUCUAACUGUAUAUCGUGGUGUUUUUUGAUCCAUAUAACACGCUUUUGGAUAGUGUUUGCUGCCGAAGAGCAGUGGGACCAGGACAGAAUAGCCUAAUAAAUAAUAAUGCAUAUAGUAUGUAUCUAUUUGGCUUGUUGAACCUUGAUGUAAUUAAUCUUAUGGCUCAGGCUCCCUGAAGCAAAAAGGGGCGUCAGUAAUAUGCUUAUAGAGUCGGGAAUAGGCAU